AUGGCAUCGACUGCCAGCAACUACGUGACACAUCCAUGCUCGCGCUCCUCCUGCCUAUGCUGCCCGUGCUGCGUGUGCUACCUAUGCUGCCUGUUCCUGCUUGUGGCCGCCGCACUCCCUCCAUGCCUGGGUCCCCCAAACCCCCCUUCCCCUCCCCACCCCUUCGCAUGCUCCCACCUCUGCUCCGCCUGUGUUUCCACAACUGCUCUCGCCCAUGCUGCCCCCAAGUCGUCCCUUUGGGGUCGCUCAGCAGAGGAGUUGGUGCUGAGGAGGAGUAGGGGAGGCAAGGCGAGGCGUGCGGAGGAGGGGCUGGGGUGA